GCAUGCGCACAUCCCUAACUGAUGCUGGCCCUGGGAAAGAAAUCCUGAAGCCGUAGGAGGGGCCCCGAUGUAAACAGCAGUCCCCGAGCACUCCAGCCCUUUCCACGCUCGCGUCUCCCCCCUCCCCUCCUUCCGCCCGCGCAGGCGCAUUGCAAGAAGGUACUGGGAGACCUGAACGAAGGAGCUAGCGAGCAAGCAAUCGCGGGGCCGAGGAGCCGCCGGGCCAGGGCCUGAGCCUAGGCUAGGAAGCCCGCGGGGGCCCUUCCAGAUACCAACAUGGGUAAAUCCUUCUCUCACCUGCCUCUGCAUUCGUGUAAAGAUGAUGGCUACGACGGCAUGGCAUCAUCCGAUAAUAUGAGGAACGGCUUGAUUCAUUCUGAGAGCCAUAAUGAGGACGCGCGAAACGGGGACGUGUCUCAGUUCCCCUACGUGGAAUUCACAGGCAGAGACAGCGUCACGUGUCCGACCUGUCAGGGCACCGGAAGGAUUCCCCGGGGCCAGGAAAACCAGCUGGUGGCGCUGAUCCCAUACAGCGACCAGAGGCUGCGGCCCAGAAGGACAAAGCUGUACGUGAUGGCGUCCGUCCUGGCCUGUCUGCUGCUCUCCGGCCUGGCCGUCUUCUUCCUGUUUCCGCGCACCAUCGACGUCAAGUACGUCGGCGUGAAGUCGGCCUACGUCAGCUACGACGAGACGAAGCGCAUCAUCUACCUGAACAUCACUAACACGCUCAACAUCACCAACAACAACUACUACUCGGUGGAGGUGGCCAACGUCAUGGCCCAAGUGCAGUUCUCCAAGACGGUCAUCGGGAAGGCGCGCCUGAACAACCUCACCAACAUCGGGCCCCUGGACAUGAAGCAGAUUGACUACACGGUGCCGACUACCAUCGCUGACGAAAUGAGCUACAUGUUUGACUUCUGCACGCUGCACUCCAUCAAGGUGCACAACAUCGUGGUCAUGAUGCAGGUGACGGUGACCACCACGUACCUGGGUCACCCUGAGCAGAUCUCUCUGGAGCGCUACCAGUACGUGGACUGUGGCAGGAACACCACCUACCACGUGGGCCAGUCCGAGUACCUGAACGUGCUGCAGCCGCCCCAGUAGCGGGACGCAGCCAGGAGGAGGUGGACACGGGGGGCUCCUGCCCGACCCCCCCGGGAGCCCCUAAACCACGUCGGGCCGCGCUCGCUGAAACUCUUCCUGUUGUGCUCUCGUCUCCCUAAGCCUGUCGAGCCCAGCGAUGUGUGUGCUGAGGCAGGGGGUCGGGGGGCCGUCGCCGGGCUGGGGCUGAGCCACAUGUCCCCCCCAGCCCCUCCCCAUGGCAGCCCUCCCCAGCUGGGGGUCCCCCGUUCCCUGCCUCUGCUGUCCCUCCCCCCCACUCUGGCCACCCCAGGUGGGACUGGAAGUGCCGAGGCUUCUCAGACACCCCGGAGGGCUCCUCGGAGGCGGCUGGCCGCGGUCGCUCUUCUCUGUGGCCGAUGGACCCUGGACGCAUCCCCGCAAGGCCAGGCUCUUGUUUGGGGGUGCCUCCAGAGACCAGCCCAGAUUCCCCGUCAUGAGGGGCAUCACGUCCAGAACGCUUGGGGGCUCCCGUGGGGGGAGGGGGAACUCAGCUGUGCUCUUUGGGGCGCUCCUCAGAGCCUCCUGUCGUCUGUCACCCUCUUCUGGUGAGAGAAGCCCGGGCUGUGUCGGCGAGAGGCCAGCGGCUUCCCUCGGCCUUUCCUGGCUCCAGGACGGGCUUUGGGAUGGCGUCGCUCUCCGUUUCCUCGCGGGGCCGAGCAGGAGGGCUUCGGGCCACAAGCCGAGGCCGCGUGACCGCAUUCGCCACACUGGCGGCGCCUCGUCGGCUUCCGCCACGGGGCAGAGCUCUGGUUGGAGGAGGCUCCCGGAGACGUUCCCGCCGCGAGAGGCGGCGAGUCUCCCCUCGAGGGACCGGUGCGAGCCUGGAGGCCCUCCUGGCGAAGAGGACACGACGCCCUCUUUGAGCUCUUUCCUGGUUCUCCGCUUCCAGCCUGUCCCACGUCGCCGACGAUCGGACGGCCCUGCGGUGGCCCUCGAGGCCUGCGGGGGUCGAAGCCGUGAGCUGCGGCGCUCAUCCGGGACCGCCUGCAGACCCGUGCAGGAAGCGCGGCCCCUGGAGCAGGGAAAGGGCCGCCUUCUGCGUGUGGCAUGGUUGAAACGCGCUCCAGGACUAGACUUCCAGGCCGUCGUCGUGGCAGGACUCGUGUCGGGCCGUGGCCGGAGACGGGGGCUCCCGGGCCGACGACCCGCUUCUCUGGCUGCCGCUCCAGGCAGAGUCUUGGUGCAAAAGGAGCUUUGUUUUGGGCGCUGGAAGCUGACGGUUGUGGGCGUGCCUUGGGGGCCUCGGAGGGAGGCAGGGAUGACUGCAUGCCCUUCUUGAGACACGCUGCAGUGCAUGCUGGGUGCUGGGUCGCCUGCUCCGUGGUCGCCCCUCCGUUUGGGGUGGGAAGAGCAGAAGCCUGGCCUGGCCCCAGCCUCGUCCUGCGUGGCGGCCAGGAACGCAGCCCACGGGGAGCCUUCGGGCCACGCGCCCGGGUGGCACCUGGUGCCCGACAGAAGCCAGAGAGAAGCCAGAGAACCGUUUUUGUCAUUAAAAACGGUCCCUGCUGCUCUUGUCGUUGUGUCGAGCUAAGAUCUGCCCCUGCGUUAGCGGAGCGUGAAAACAAGCAGCUUCCUGUCCCCGCGAGGCGCGUCCUCCAGGCUGGGUGGACACAUAAUAGAGGCACUCCGGCGGCUCCUCGGCGCUCACCGGUGUGGACAGACGCGGAUUUGCGGGCGUUUCUCGGUGCUGCUUUUGAUGGAAAUGGGCCGAGUGAGCGGCGGCCCCCUCGGACGGGUCCUCCAUGACCCAGGCCUGCCAGCGGCUGCCUGGGCGGCCGCGUCUGCGCUGUUGGGCCUUGUUCACUCCCUUCCUGGCCUGGCGCCUGCAGUGAUCCGGAGAGCCAGCGGGCUUUGCCCAAGCAGAGGUCAGCCCGCAGCGUUCCUUGGUCGUCCGCCUUCGGGGAGGACGUGCUCUGCCUCCCUGGUGUCCUGCCUGGCGCCUCCUCGGCCCUCCACGGCCCGUGUGUCCAGCAGAAGGACCGAGAGGGAAGACGUAGACGGGGCUGGGCCGUGGCCAGGCGGGAGAGCCGGAGCAGCACCAUCCUGGAACGUGAGUUUGGCUGGAACCUUCCUCAGAGCUCGGGGCUUCUGCCUUCCUCCAGGCCUUCUUCUCGUCUUGCUUCGGGUACGAGCUCCCUGACAUGGCGCUGCCAUCGACUCCCCGACCCCCACUCGGGGCCCUGCAGAAUGGAUGGACGGAAGGACCUGAACCCAGGACCACAAGGCUCGCUCUCGGGCAGCAGAUAGCCGGGGGUCUACUGAAGCAAGCCUUCCAGAAGCGAGGCGCAUGCGCCAUGGGGACCCUUCGGGGCCGGAGGAGAAGCAAAAGAAGCCCUCCUGCCCUCCCCCAUCCACCCCCAGGCAGUCCUCCGGAUAAGGGCGUGGUGGCCUGGCUCAGCCAAGAUGGUGCCAGAGCCCCGGGUGUGCGUGUUAGGGCAGGCUGACAGUCGGGGGGGGGGGGUGACGCUGAAGGGCCCCCCUCCCACCGCCGCAGAAGCAUCCCUUCUGCCCAUUCCCGCUCCUAGAGAAUGGCCGGGGGUCUGUGGCUGGGCUUCACCAAGACCGCACAGCCCCGUCUUCCACCCCCCGGGCCUGCUCUCUCCCCACAAGGCUGGAAAGCCGGAUUCUGAGACGGGGAAGACACUCGCCAUUGCUUGGUAAGAAAGGGAGCUGAACGGCCCUGGUUGUCUUGUCUCCGAGCAGGACCAGAAGUAGGGAGAGCCUGGCGAUGGAGGCGCCCUUCCCUUGAGUCGUUUUUGUGGGAGGCCUGCGGGGGCCUGGCGCGGGAUUGGGUGGGCGUGCGAAGAGCAGGCGUGUUGGGAGAGCGACGCGCGGUUGGAUUGCCCAUGAGAUGAGUCAGAUUCCGGACUGAGAAAGCGUCCGCUGCGAUUUGCCCAACAAACGUUCAGCACAGCUUUUGCUUAGACUUUCCUCCAAUGGGAGAGAACCUCCCCAGGCAGCCCGUUCCUCAUUUGGUCUGGGAUGUUCGGGGACCUCCAGCACCCCUGGGGGAGGCCUUGCCGAGCCCUUUAUGGGGCUGCCUUCUUCCCUCGAUGUUGUAAAAAUUAAAAUGAAUCUCAAAUGAUAAAAA